AUGGAUAAGCACACGGGCAAGACGGAGAAGGGGAAGGAGGAGGUCCACUACAGGGGAGUCCGGAGGCGGCCGUGGGGGAAGUACGCGGCGGAAAUAAGGGAUCCGUCGAGGCAAGGGGCGAGGCAGUGGCUUGGGACUUUUGAUACGGCGGAAGAAGCAGCAAGAGCGUAUGACAAAGCUGCCUUUGACAUGAGAGGACACCUCGCAAUCCUUAAUUUCCCCAACGAAUACUAUGCUCAAGUACGAGGCUCCCCACCAUAUCCUCCCUAUUUAGCAUCUUCUUCUUCUUCUCCGGCUUCUUCCUCGUCGUCUUCGUCUUCACCUUUUCAUGGUCAUGCAAGUGGAAGACAAGUUCUCGAGUUUGAGUGUUUGGAUGAUCAGGUGCUGCAAGACCUUCUUGAACCAGAAGAUCAAAAGAAGAAAAGUGGAGGAGAUUGAUACGAA